CGCGAGAAAAAGAUCUUUUCCGGGAGGGGGACGCGAAAUCUCGCGAGACGUUGCUUCCAACUUCCUUCGUUCUUUUUGUCGCCGAUCGAGCAAGAUGCCUUCCAGACUGAGGAAGACAAGGAAACUAAGGGGGCACGUCAGUCAUGGCCAUGGCCGUAUUGGCAAACACAGAAAACAUCCAGGAGGCCGUGGAAAUGCUGGCGGUAUGCACCACCAUAGAAUUAACUUUGACAAAUACCACCCUGGUUAUUUUGGAAAGGUUGGUAUGAGACAUUACCACUUGAAAAAAAACCAGCACUUCUGCCCAACAGUGAAUCUGGAUAAGCUCUGGACGCUUGUUAGUGAGCAGACAAGGCUGAAUUAUGCUAAAAAUCCAGCAGGACUAGCUCCAGUUAUUGAUGUUGUACGCUCUGGGUAUUACAAAGUCCUGGGCAAAGGAAAGCUGCCCAAGCAGCCUGUCAUUGUGAAAGCAAAAUUCUUCAGCCGAAGAGCAGAAGAAAAAAUCAAGGAAGUUGGAGGAGCCUGUGUUCUAGUAGCAUAAAAGUUUAUAUAUGUAUGCAAACUCAAAUCUCAGGCAUGAAUAAACUUUCAAAUGUUGGAACGAU